AUGGAAGAGGGGGGGAGUAUUGAAAUUAAGCAGAAACCCAAGUCUUGUAACAUCAAACAAUCACCUAUGGACAUCCCACCUCCGUCUCUCCACCAUGCACCCCCCGACCGCGGCCUAGUCAUUGUCGAGGCGUUGGAGGAAGAUGAACCGAACAUGAACGUUAACGGCAACAAUGCCGACGAUCGCUAUCUCGAUUCGUUUCCUCCGGGAUUUCGAUUUUGUCCUCUCGACGAAGAGCUCGUUCUUCAUUACUUGAAGAACAAAGUCAUGGAUUUACCUCUGCCUCCGAACAGGAUCACGGAAGUUAAUUUAUAUAGUUAUAAUCCUGAAAAACUUGCAGAAAAACACAAGCAAUAUGGAGAAAAAGAAUGGUAUUUUUUCACUCCUAGAGAUAAAAAAUAUCGGAACGGAACACGACCUAAUCGUGCGGCCGAUAACGGAUACUGGAAGGCCACCGGUGCAGAUAAGGGAGUUCGAUCCGACGAUAAAAUAAUCGGCUACCGGAAGGCAUUGGUCUUUUACGAAGGAAGACCUCCCAAAGGUACAAAGACCUCUUGGAUAAUGCAUGAGUAUAGAGUUAACGAUCCUCCUUCGCCCAGUAAAGAAAGGGCAGGUUACAGUGCGAUGAGGCUGGAUGAUUGGGUUCUAUGCCGGAUCUACAAAAAACAGGAGAAACCAAGAAAAACACAAGCGAAAGACGAUGAGACGAACCUGUCGAUUCAGAAUCCUGAAGUUCCGAACGAAGAGAUGAUCGAUUCGGACGACGUUAUCGAUUACAACGAUUAUUUCAACACGGGAAGCUUCGUGAACCAAUCUUUGGCCGACGAAUCCUUUAGCGAUUUACAGAAUGUUUUCGACAGGCAGUUUUCGUCGCAGUUUCCGACGUGGUAUCUGAAUGACGAUGGGAUGGAGCAGCAAGAUCUUUGGAGCAGCGUUGGGAAUUUGGAACCACCUGUACCAUUGAAUAUGUAUGUUCAGCCAUUGGUGAAUUUGGAUUUGUCAGCUCAAAAUAAUCAUAUAUCAGAUGAAGAUGCUGAUUCUAAGAAUGUGGAUUGGAAUUAG